AAUACUGGGAGACGGAAAGAUGAAGACGCUUGUCAAAAUCGGAUUCUACUUUACAUGUUUCAUUCUAAGCUAUGGAUUUAAUUUGACUAUUUUACACACCAACGAUGUUCAUGCACGGUUUGAACAGUUUGACAAGUAUGGAGGCAGGUGCUCGGAAACAGAGGCAGAAGCGGGGGAAUGUUUCGGGGGAGUGGCACGAAGAUACACUAAAAUCGAGGAAAUUCGUAACGCUGAACAGAACGUGGUGUUAUUGGACGCAGGGGAUCAGUUCCAAGGCACAUUGUGGUUCACUAUCUACAAGGGGAUGGCGACAUCAUACUUCAUGAAUAAACUGAAGUACGAUGCUAUGGCAUUAGGCAAUCACGAGUUUGAUAAUAAGGUUAGCGGCCUUCUUCCUUUUCUUCAAAACGUCACAUUCCCUGUAAUAAGUGCCAAUAUCGACGCCAGUGAUGUUCCAGAAAUACAAGGACUGUUCAACAAGUCAACAGUACUAGAUGUGGCCGGGGAGAAGAUAGGUGUAGUCGGUUACACAUAUAAGGCUACACCGACCAUAUCAAACCCAGGUAACUUGAUUUUCACCGACGAAGUUUCGGCCGUCCAAGCAGAGGUCGAAAGAUUAACGUCACAGGGUAUCAAUAAAAUCAUUGCAUUGGGACAUUCUGGGUUUUCUGUAGAUAAAAAGAUUGCUGAGCAAGUGUCAGGAGUGGAUAUAAUCGUUGGUGGGCACAGUAACACAUUUCUUUAUACCGGUACCCCACCAGAUAAAGAAAUUCCCGAAGGCGAGUACCCAACCGUUAUAACCCAGGCGUCUGGUGGCAAAGUGUUAUUGGUAUCUGACUUUUGGAUGGCUAAAUAUUUGGGGCACUUAUGUGUAACGUUCGAUGCAGCGGGAAUUGUGACAUCAUGGACUGGUAACCCUAUUCUACUGGAUAAGAACAUUACGGAAGAUAAUGCUACAGUAACAGAGAUGCAGCCGUGGCAACAACGAGUUACAGCAUAUGGUUCACAAAAGAUAGGCUACAGCCUGGUCUUCAUGGAUAAUGCGAAAUGCCGCCUGGCUGAAUGUGUUUUAGGUAAUCUGAUAGCAGACGCCUUAGUUGACACCUACUUGAAACCCACUGAUGGAAGGAGAUGGACGAAUGCCUCCAUUGGCCUGUGGAACAGCGGCGAUAUACGAGCACCAAUCGAUAUUGGUGACAUUUACGUGUCAGACGUACUGAGUGCCGCACCAUUCGGGAAUGGUGUAGACAUCGUCAGGAUAAGUGGAAGUACGCUUUGGGAACUCAUGGAACAUUCUGUUUCUGAAUACGAGAAGAGAAGCGGUCGUUUCUUACAGGUCUCAGGUCUUCGAGUUGUGUAUGACCUGUCUAAGCCAGUGGGCAGUCGAGUGGUCAGCAUUAACGUCAGGUGCGCUGACUGUACAGUCCCCGAGUUCCAACCCCUCGUUAAGACAAAAUCAUACGAUGUGGUCACCACCACUUUCUUAAUAGGAGGAGGAGAUGCAUAUGACGUUUUAAAAGACAAUAUUGUAUUUCCGUAUGGAAUAGGUAGGUCCUGA